CCCGUGCCGGGGGGGCGAUGGGCAGAGCCCGCGGGGGGCGCCCCGCUGCCCGGCUCCCGGCGGCCGGGGGGCUGCCCUAGGGCCGCCAGCAUGCAGCACCCGCUGGAGCUGGGAGCCGCUCCCUUCUUCCCCGCCGAAUCCUUCCCCGACCACCGCUCGCACCGCUACCGCAGCUUCAUGAUCGAGGAGAUCCUCACCGACCCUCCCGAGGCCAAAGGCGCCGCUCCGGCCGGGGAGCUGCUCAAGUUCGGGGUGCAGGCGCUGCUCGCCGCCCGCCCCUACCACAACCACCUCGCGGUGCUGAAGGCGGAGCCGGCCGCCGUGUUCAAGUUCCCGCUGGCUCCCCUGGGCUGCUCGGGGCUGGGCUCGGCGCUGCUGGCCGCCGGCUCGGGGCUGCAGGGCGGCUCCGCCUCGCCCCAUCUGCCGCUGGAGCUGCACCUCCGCGGGAAGCUGGAGCCGGGGCCGCCGGAGCCGGGGGGCAAAGCCAAGAAGGGGCGCCGCAGCCGCACCGUCUUCACCGAGCUGCAGCUCAUGGGGCUGGAGAAGCGCUUCGAGAAGCAGAAAUACCUCUCCACGCCCGACAGAAUAGACCUGGCCGAAUCGCUGGGGCUCAGCCAGCUCCAGGUGAAAACCUGGUACCAGAACAGGCGCAUGAAGUGGAAGAAAAUAGUGUUGCAGGGGGGAGGCCUGGAGUCCCCCACCAAGCCGAAGGGGCGCCCCAAGAAGAACUCCAUCCCCAGCAGCGAGCAGCUCUCGGAGCAGGAGCGAGCCCGGGAUGCCGAGAAGCCGCCCGAGAGCCUCAUCUCGGCCGAGGUCAGCCAGGAGGAGUGAGGAGGCUCCCCGCUCUCAGGAGGACGCUGGAUCCUCUCCUUCUCGCUGUCUAAAUCCCUGUGGUGCCCCUAGUUAUCCGAAAACUGCAUUUUAUGAUCAGUUUUAUUAA